AUGGGUUACAAACCAUUGAUCAAAUGUUCAUCAAGCCUAACUACACAACAACAACAACAACAACAACAACAACAACAACAACAUCAACAACAGAACAAGAAUAAUAAUAGCACUACAACAAAGAAACAUAAAGAUGAAGGUGAUGAGCUAAACAAUCAAUCAAUUAAGAAACAACGACUUGUGGUUGACGAGACUAAAGUGACUCAAUUGAAAUUGUUGAACAAACAUAGGACAUUGUCACAUUUGGAUGCCUAUGAUCAGCCAUUCGAUCUACUAGUCAGAACAGAUCUAUUAUCAGUACACUCGUUGGUGUCUUCCAACGACAUUGACGUUGCCAGAGGUGUAUCAUUUCCAUCGAGACUCCUUAUUCCUGCCGAUCAAUGUCGCAAAUCGCUCGAUAUCAUUGCCUCCAACAUAACAAACAUACUAAACAGUGGAAUGAUGUCAGCAGACAUUGAGCAGGUCAACAGAGACAGCAACCCAUACUUCCAACAACAUCGUCAGCUCUCCACAUUAGAGCUUGAGUAUCAACAAGCCUUCCAGUGA